CAGCUUUUUUUCUCAGCGUCACCCCCGCGGAGGCUCACUGAAAGUGUUGGCGUGACUCAGCAUCUAACACCAGUUAUCCUGUAGUGCGAAUGAGGUUUCGAGGAGAGCGGGGUUUUCCCGUGAAACGGUGCUCUAAAUAAACGCUGUCAGCUGGUCGAGCCGAGGCCUGCAGUACCGUUAGGCAGCGGAAGGGUUAGCAUCAUCUGUCGAUGGUUAGCAUCUCCUGCUCGGCCAUGUUGUUAUUUAUCUCUGGUGUGUGGCGUAAAGGUCUUAAUUAAUGCACGUGACAGAAACAAACGCUGCGGACACCGUGUGCAGAACCAGAACCAUACGGUGGGAUCCGGUUCGGUCUACUUUAGGCUCCUGGAGCUAGCUCCUAGCUCCUCUGUCAGGUACAGGAUGGAUAGGAGCUCCAUAAUGAUGAUGAUACUGAUGAAGGCUGAGCUCAGAGCAGAGGAAACGUUUAGCUCACGGUCAUGACAUCAUGACGGGACCAUGUUUUAAGAAUAUUUUAAGCUGUCCAGUGGAAACCCUAUGUAUGAAAGUUUCUACAGACAGGUGGAUCCUGGAAAUACAGGGAGAGUCGGACCAACAGAGGCUGCCCUGUUCCUGAAGAAGUCUGGACUACCUGACGUGACACUGGGAAAGAUCUGGGAUUUGGCUGAUCCUGAUGGAAAAGGCUUUCUGGAUAAACAAGGUUUUUAUGUUGCUCUGCGUUUGGUGGCCUGUGCUCAGAGUGGUCAUGAAGUCAGCGUGUCCAACCUCAACCUCACUGUCCCUCCUCCAAAGUUUAUUGACACCAGCAGUCCAUUAUUGAGCACCACAACCUCUGCCUCUGGAGAACCCCACUGGGCUGUUAAGCCUGAGGAGAAAAAUAAAUUUGAUGGGAUUUUUGAAAGUCUGAUUCCAGUAAAUGGUCUGCUGUCGGGAGAGAAGGUCCGACCAGUUCUCAUCAACUCCAAGCUGCCUCUGGACAUCCUCGGGAAGGUUUGGGACCUGAGUGACAUCGACAAAGAUGGACAUCUGGACAGAGAUGAAUUUGCCGUGGCCAUGCACCUGGUGUACCGGGCCUUGGAGAAGGAACCAGUUCCUGCCCUCCUCCCCUCUUCUCUCAUCCCCCCAUCUAAGCGGAAGAAGAGUCUCUGCUCAGUAACGGGCACGGUUCCUGGACUACCAGCCAGCCCCCCACCACCCAAAGACUCGCUGCGCUCCACGCCGUCUCACGGCAGCAUGACGUCACUCAACAGCACCGGCAGCUUAUCGCCCAAACACACACUGAAGUCAGGACAGCAUUCAUUGAACUGGGUGGUCCCGGUGUCAGAACGUGGGCGGUACGAUGACAUCUUCUUAAAGACCGACGCUGACCUUGACGGAUUUGUUAGUGGACAGGAAGUGAAAGAUAUCUUCAUGCAGUCUGGACUUUCUCAGAAUAUUCUUGCACACAUAUGGGCUUUGGCAGACACCAGGCAGAUAGGCAAACUGAGCAGGGAGCAGUUUGCUCUCGCCAUGCAUCUCAUCCAGCAGAAAGUAAGCAAAGGCAUCGAUCCUCCGCAGGCACUGACGGCAGACAUGAUCCCCCCCUCUGACAGAGGAACUCCAGUACCAACUAUCUCAGGAUUCAUGACUCCAGUUGGAUCAGAGAUGGCAGCUCUGUCAGAAAUUAGAAGGGACAGCUCUAGUUCCAUGGGUUCUGGAGAGUUCACUGGCAUAAAGGAGCUGGAUGAUAUCAGCCAGGAGAUCGCCCAGUUACAGAGGGAGAAGUACACUCUGGAGCAGGAUAUCAGGGAGGCAGAGGAGGCCAUCAGACAGAAGUCUACAGAGGUGCAGGAGAUGCAGAACGACCUGGACAGAGAGACAAUCAGCCUGCAGGAGAUGGAGGCUCAAAAACAAGAUGCUCAGGAUCGCUUAGAGGAGAUGGACCAGCAGAAAAAUAAACUGGAGGACAUGCUGAACGAAGUGCGCAUCAAGUGCCAGGAGGAAGCUCAGAUGAUCUCAACUCUCCAGAGCCAGAUUCACUUGCAGGAGUCAGACCUUCAGAACCAGGAGGAAGAGCUCAGCCGGGCGAAGGCAGACCUUGACCGGCUGCAGCUGGAGGAGAGUCAGCUGGAGCAGAGCCUUGCUGCUGGCAAGAUCCAGUUAGAAACCAUCAUCAAGUCUCUGAAGUCCACCCAGGAUGAGAUUAACCAGGCUCGCAGCAAGUUGUCACAGAUUCAGGACAAUCAACAGGAAGUGUCUAAAAGCAUCGAGCAGUACAACAGCACACUGAACGGAACCCACGGAGGCAGCAUGACCAACCUGGCAGACAUGAGCGAGGGCUUCAAUGACAGAGAGAACGGGGGCUUCUCAGCCAUGGGGAGGGUCAGACAGGAGGAUCCAUUCAAAGUAAAGACAACCGUGUUCAACAGCCAGCCUCAAGAACCUCACACAGACCCCUUCCACUCUGAAGACCCCUUUAAAACAGACCCAUUCAAAGGUGAUCCAUUUCUAAAUGAUCCAUUUGCAAAGCCACCACCAACAACUACAGUUUCCGCUGCAGAUCCUUUUGGAGGAGAUCCAUUCAAAGACGCAGAUCUGUUCAAGACUUCGUCUGAAGAUUUCUUCAAGAAGACCACAAAAACAGAUCCUUUUUCCACACCAGACCCCUUCAGUAAAAGUGCCACCUUACCUUCCAAGCAAACCAAUUACUUUACAAGCGCUGACCCGUUUUCCUCAAGCCACUCAAAGCCAAGAGCACCAGAUCUGUUCAGCCCAUUAGACCCAUUUGGAAGCAGCUCGUUCAACAGCAGCGUGAACACCAACGCUGGGUUUGCAGACUUCAGUCACAUGUCAAAACCUAAAGAGUCUUUUGAAGGACGGGCCAGCUGGCUGCCAGACUACCAGAAGGCAGUGUUUGUGGAUGACCCAUUCAGCAGGAAAAGUGACAUACCAGCUCUACCUCCAAAAAAGACCAUCCCUCCAAGACCCAAACCACCCAGUGGUAAAACAACACCAGUGAGCUUGACUGGCCCAGCAGACCCUUCCAAACCAUGCGACCCCUUCCAGUCAUUCACCUCUGAUGUCAUCGACCCGUUCCAGAGUAAAAAAGGCCCUGGAGACCCAUUCAGUGGGAAAGACCCCUUCGCCCCGUCUUCAGCAUCAAGACCUGAUAAAGUCAAGUUCGGGAACGAAGCUCAGCAGUUGGAGUGGGCCAAGCGUGAGAGUGAGCGGGCAGAGCGUGAGCGUCUGAAGAGGCUCCGACAGCAGGAGCAGGAGGACCUGGAGCUGGCCAUCGCUCUCAGCAAGGCAGAGAUGUCAAAUGCAUUACCUGAAACCACUACAGGCCAUCAAGGCAGCAGGACUGUGACUGAACAUCCAGCCAUGUAGACAUGAGGCCCUGAGCUCCAGUAACUCCCUCAUCUACAUUGUGCAAAACACACACACACACAAAUCCAUCAGUGCGCACUGACGCUCCUGUUGACAGAAAGAGGAACUUUAGUUCAGCCCUGACGUCCUGAUGGAUCGGUCCACCAAGCCGAGAAGAUCAAACACCUCAGCAGUAUUCAGUCUAAGCAGCUCUUCUCCACUUGAUAUCUCAACAUGGAAAAAUCAGCAUAUCGUCAAAAAGUGCUGACUCACUAAAAGAGCUAACAUCGAUGUUUACCCCAGACGCAGAUAUUUUCCUGUUUGUGUCGCUGUAAUGUGAGCAUAACACUAUGAUUCCAGCUACAGUGCUGUUUCCUCCUCAGAAGGCUUUUUUUCCCUGAUUGUAGGCACAAAGAAAAGUUGUUGUCAAGGUUGUAGAAGUUGUUUAUACUUUUAUUUGUUCAGUAUUUGCUUUGGAGAAGGAUCUGCCCAGGAUUCAUAUGGUCUCUAAGGGACCAGGCUUAAAAUUUUGUUUUAUUAAACUGUACGGGUUGUACAGAAAUUAAGUUUAUUGUGUUAUCAAGUUGUUGGUUUUUGUUAUUGUUUUUAAGAGCAGACCAGAACCUCCAGUAACAUUAGAACAGACAGAUAGCAGAUAACACAGGAGAAGUGUCUGUGUUCGCGUUUGCUUUUCUUUCAUUUGUCUAGAUGUCUUUUAUCAGUAAUUUCAAUGUUUAUGAUGUGAAUUAUCACUAAUUCUGUUACAAAACAAACUCAGAAUUUCAAACUCACUUUUAAAGCAACAAUCAACCUUAUAGUAACAUAAAUAAGAACAUUUUAUAUAAAAUGUCUUAGAAUUUAAGGCCCUGUCACACUGCAACGUUUUAGACAACUUGGGCCAGCUUAUGACUAUUUUACUCAUAUUGGAUCUAUAUUUGAUCUAAUUAGCAUUACAGCAUGUAUAGGUCCAAAAAGUUUUUUUUAUCAACUUAGACUUGUCCUCGUGCCAUCUCCUCCACGAACAAAACUGGGCGAUCAUCCUCCAUGAAUUCUUUGUCUUUAUGAGUUUUUGUAAAGAUGGUUGUAUUUUCCAACGGCCUCGGCCAGCUGCUGCUCUGCAGAGCUGUUGAAGCCAAAAGAGAGUGCAAUUCAACCACUUUUGCAUAAACGCGCCCACAAAGUUCUAACUAAAAACACAAGACUCGGCACAUACCCCUAUGAGAAAAGGCAAUGUGAGAACAAAAAAGAUUUAGUUUUUGUCACAAAACUACCUCAUUGAGAACAAAUAUCUUGAAGUUGCGUAUAAAUCAGCCUUUACAUGUUCACCAGAUUUUGUUAUGUUCACAAGAUGUUCAUAUGUUCGUUGGAUAUUCACUUAUUCAUUCCUGUAUUUUUUGGACAUCAAAAACAUUCUUGGAUGUUCACGAUGUUCACCAGACAUAUACAUUUGCCAGAUGUUCACAAAUUUGCCAGAUGUCAAAUGGUUGCCAGACUUUUGCAUGUUUGCCAGACGUUAACAUGUUUGUUGAACUAUCCAAAGUUUCCCCCAAAAAACUUGCUAAGGCUGGCAUUUGCUUUUAUAGUCCCGGUGGUGGGCAGCGGAGCAGUAUGGUAAUGAUUUCGAUGAGGGAGGUGAGUGGAGUGGUAUAGUUUCUAAUGCCUAGGUAGCGGAUUGCUACGUUGCUAAUGCUAGGUCCCAGCCACUUAUCGUGUUGUCUCAAUCUCCAGUGGCUCAAAACAA